AUGAUUAUGUAUCCUUUUGGGGGGAAGAUUUUUCUGGGUAUUUUGAUAUUUGUCCUGACAGAAGGAAGCCUUGUAUCAUUCUCAGAAGAGAUGCAAGAACCCAGGAGCUCAUUUUCCGGCCUUCUGCCUGAAGAAUCUGCAAGUGCUUCCCUGCUUAUCGCAAGGGGACAGCUAGACGGUAGAGAACCUGGGAGAAGAUGGUGGCUUAGAAGGCGCAGGCAGCGAUCCGUUCUGUUCCCAAAUGGAGUAAAAAUUUGCCCAAAUGAAAGUGUUACAGAGGCUGUGGCAAACCACGUGAAGUAUUUUAAAGCCCGAGUGUGCCAGGAAGCCAUCUGGGAAGCUUUCAGGACUUUUUGGGAUCGACUUCCUGGACAGGAGGAGUAUCUUUACUGGAUGAAUUUGUGUGAGAAUGGAAUCACAAGUAUAUUUGAAAUGAGCACAAAUUUUAGUCAGUCUUUGGAACACAGAUGCUUAAUCAUGAAGAAACUGACUUACAUAAAGGAAACCACAAGCAUUUCCUGUAAGGACCAACCCUCUGGACCUGAACUGUCACCUCCAGCUCCUGUUGGUGAUACCUCGAUAUUGGAAGGUGCUGCUCCCAGUGUUCCAUAUCCAGGGGUGGCCUCCUAUGAAGAUGUCUCAGAGAGCAGCUUGCAAUCACCAGAGGAGAGUAUCAGCAAUGAAAUUGAGAAUGUGUCAGAGGAGCCCACAAAACCAGCAGCUGAACAGGUGGCAGAAUUCAGCAUCCGACUACUGGGGAAAGAAUACAGCCAAGAACUGCGGUACCCCUCCAGCGCCCUCUACCGGCGCCUUGAGGAAGAAUUUAUUUCAGAGGUUGAAAAUGCAUUUACUGGGUUACCAGGAUACAAGGAUAUUCGUAUUCUUGAAUUUAGGUCCCCUAAAGAAAAUGGCAAUGGUAUAGAUGUUCACUAUGAAGUCACCUUCAAUGGUGAGGCCAUCAGCAAUACCACCUGGGACUUGAUAAGCCUUCACUCCAACAAGGUAGAGAACCACGGCCUCAUAGAAUUGGAUGAUAAGCCGACUGCUGUUUAUACAAUCAGCAACUUCAGGGGUUAUAUUGCUGAGACACUGCAGCAGAAUUUUUUGAUGGGAAAUUCCUCUUUGAAUCCAGAUCCAGAGUCUCUCCAGCUUAUCAAUGUGAGAGGAGUUUUGCUUCCCCAAACAGAAGACCCCAUUUGGAAUACCCAAAGUUCAAGUUUUCAGGCAACACCAUCCUCUAUUCUGGAUAAUACCCUUCAAGCUGAAUGGCCCUCAGCAGAUGAAUCUACCACCAGCAAUAUUUCACGACUUGAUUUCAGCUCUGGUCCUCCUUCAACCACUGGCAGGGAACUCUGGUCAGAAAGUGCUUUGGGUGAUUUAGUGUCUACAACUAAAUUAGCCUCUCCCUCUAAUGUGGUCCUCAGUUCUUCCCCUGAGGGUUUAGAGGGUAGCAGCUUGACUCAUCAUUCUGUUACCCCAGCAGUGCUUCAGAUUGGCUUCCCUGUGGCUUCUAAGGAAAGGACUUCUGGAUCUUCUGUAUUAGAAGAUGGAUUAGCCAAUAUUGAGGACUCAGAAGAUGUUCUUUCUACUAAUCCAUCGCUUUCAAGUUCAUUCAUUCAACUGAUGCCUAAAGAAACAGUACCAUUGAUGGACGACUCUGGCACGACUCUUCCAACAUCCUCACCGUAUCUGGCCUCUUCUGUUAGGGAAGAUCUUGAUAAAGACGUAGCUAUACCUUUUGGCUUAGACUCCUUGUCCUCCAAAGUCAUAGACCAAUUGGAAGUAAGCCCUUUGUUUCUAGACACCUCUGUGGACAAAGAAUUCAUAUUUGAAAGUGGUUUAGGUUCUGGAUCUGGGGAAAAUGUGGAUCUGAUUACAUGGCCACGGAGUGAGACUUCAUUAGAGAAGAGCACUGAACCACUGUCAAAGUCACAGCCUGAGGAUGAGGAUUCACUCUGGCCAACUGAGAGUAUAGGUGAAAAACUACUUAUAGAUGGCAAAGUAGAUUCCACAGACCAAAUUAUUGAACAUUCAGAACAUAGGUCUGAUGAUAGAGCCACAAAAUUUUCAGAGGAAGAUUCCCUUAGUGGAUCCACUAUACCCAUCUUUGUAGAGUCUGCAACCUAUUCUACAUCUCUAAUUUUUUCCAAGCACACAUCAGAGGUACCUGACAUAGAUUCUUAUUCUGUUACCAAAGUGCCUCUUUUACUGGAAGAUACUGAAAUCUCUGCUUCUACUGGGGAAACAGAUCAAGUGAACACCUUCCUGAAGGAGGAUGUGGAGCAAACAACAGAGUCCUCUAGUCACAAAUGGCUUGACAACAAGGUUUCAGUGACAAAGCCAGACAUGCAGCCUAUGCGGACCAUAUUGCCAGAAUCAGGUACAGUUUGGGCAAGAACUUCUUCCCUAGGGAAAUUGUCCAGAGACACAUUGGCAAGUACACCAGAGAGUAGUGACAGACUCUGGUUGAAAGCUUCCAUGACACAGCCUACUGAAUUGCUGCCAACCACCAGCUCCACCCUGCUGGAGGAUGAAGUAAUAAUGGGUGUGCAGGAUAUUUCAUUAGAACUAGACCGGGUAGGCACAGAUUACUAUCAGCCUGAGCUAAUCCAAGAGCAAAAUGGCAAGGUUGGUAGUUAUGUGGAAAUGUCUACAAAUGCUCACUCCACAGAGAUGCCUAUUGUGGCUCAGCCCACAAAAAGAGGUGACUGGAGUCACAUCCAGACCACAGGAACACUGGUGGUUUUCUUCAGCCUCCGAGUGACAAACAUGAUGUUUUCAGAAGACUUGUUUAAUAAAAACUCUUUGAAAUAUAAAGCCCUGGAACAAAGAUUCUUAGAAUUGCUGGUUCCCUAUCUCCAGUCAAAUCUGUCAGGGUUUCAGAAUUUGGAGAUCCUGAAUUUCAGAAAUGGCAGCAUUGUGGUGAACAGCCGGAUGAAGUUUGCUGAGUCUGCACCUCUGAAUCUCAACAGUGCUGUGUAUAUGAUUCUGGAAGACCUUUGCACUACUGCCUACCAAACCAUGAACUUGGAUAUUGACAAAUACUCCCUGGAUGUGGAAUCAGGCGAUGAUGCCAACCCUUGCAAGUUUCAGGCCUGCAAUGAAUUUUCCGAGUGUUUGGUGAAUCCCUGGGGUGGAGAAGCAAAGUGCAGAUGUUACCCUGGGUACCUGAGUGUGGAUGAACUGCCUUGUCAAAGUCUCUGUGACCUACAACCUGACUUCUGCUUGAAUGAUGGAAAGUGUGACAUUAUGCCAGGGCAUGGGGCCAUUUGUAGGUGCCCGGUAGGUGCGAACUGGUGGUACCGAGGUGAGCACUGUGAGGAGUUUGUGUCUGAGCCCUUUGUCAUUGGCAUCACCAUAGUCUCAGUGAUUAGCCUUCUCCUCGUCUCGUCUGCGGUCAUCUUCCUUGUGAAGACACUUCAAACUCAGAAUGACAGGAGAGAAGGAGAGAGGCCUACCAGCUCUAGCAGGAAGCCUGACAGCCUGUUAUCUGUUGAGAAUGCUGUGAAGUACAACCCUUCAUUCGAGAGCCACUUGGCUAGAUGUGAGCACUAUGAGGACCCCUAUCGCCAGCAUCCCUUCUAUAUCUCUGCCAGUGAAGAGAUGAUUGGUGGUCUGAGCAGAGAAGAAAUCAGACAGAUGUGUGAGAGCAGUGACCUUUCCAAAGAGGAAAUUUGA